CCUGCGGCCACACCCACCGGACUGGACUGGCAGCCCGCCAGACGAGGAGGGGACCUGGCCCUGCCUCAGCACUGGCACCGGCACCCAACUUGGCCUGGCUGGCCGCCCCUCCAACGCAGUGCAGCGGGCUGCCCGUGGCGUGUCGUGUCGUGGGCCUGGAUGGAUGGGAUGGAUGGAUGCAUGCUUGUUGCUGAAGCAGCUGCGCACCUCCAUCUCCCCCUCCACCUCCCCCUCCACAAUAAAGCCAGCUCCCGCCUUCCCUCGCUCUUCUUGUCCCUCUUCCCAUAUUCCCUCUUCUCGCACAAAUCUCCUCCUGCCUUCGCCCUCAUACAUCUGGCCGCCUGCCUGCCGCCUUGCCUCGCACUGCAUUUGACUUGGUUUUGUUUGUUACGCAGCACAACACUCGAUAUCCCCCCUCCAAGGCCCAGGCAUCGUCAUCACCAUGUGUGGCAUCUUCGGUUACAUCAACUAUUUGGUGGAGAAGGACCGCAAGUUUAUCCUCGACACUUUGAUCAACGGCCUGUCCCGUCUUGAGUACCGAGGAUACGACUCUGCUGGUCUGGCCGUCGACGGCGACAAGAAGAAUGAAGUCUUUGCGUUCAAGGAGGUUGGCAAGGUCGCUAAGCUGAAGAAGCUCAUCGACGAGUCCGACAUCAAGCUUGAAAAGGUCUUUGAUUCACAUGCUGGCAUCGCCCACACGCGGUGGGCGACCCACGGCCCUCCUUCCACCACCAACUGCCACCCUCAUCGAUCUGACCCCAACUGGGAGUUCACCGUUGUCCACAAUGGCAUCAUUACCAACUACAAGGAGCUCAAGACGCUGCUCGGCAGCAAGGGCUUCAAGUUCGAGACCGAGACUGACACCGAGUGCAUCGCCAAGUUGACCAAGUACAUUCACGACCAGCACCCCCAGAUCGGCUUCACGGAUCUGGCCAAGGCUGUCAUCCAGGAGCUCGAGGGCGCCUACGGCCUGCUCAUUAAGUCGGUCCACUACCCCCACGAGGUCAUUGCCGCCCGUAAGGGUUCGCCCCUCGUCAUCGGCGUCAAGACGGAGCGCCGCAUGAAGGUCGACUUUGUCGACGUCGAGUACGCCGAUGACAACACCGCUCUUCCCGCCGAGGCUGCCUCGCAGAACGUCGCUCUUAAGAAGAAUGCCGGCGACUUCCUCGCCCCGAGCAACUCGAACCUCCUCGGAGCUCCCGACAAGUCGCUCCUCCACCGCUCUCAAUCCCGCGCCUUUAUGACCGACGACGGGAUGCCCAUGCCCACCGAGUUCUUCCUCUCCUCCGACCCGUCGGCCAUUGUCGAGCAUACCAAGAAGGUCAUGUACCUCGAGGAUGACGACAUUGCCCACAUUCACGAGGGCUCCCUCAACAUCCACCGCCUCAAGAAGGCCGAUGGCAGCUCCAACGUGCGAACCAUCCAGACCCUGGAGCUUGAGCUCCAGGAGAUCAUGAAGGGCAAGUUCGACCACUUCAUGCAGAAGGAGAUCUUCGAGCAGCCCGAGUCGGUUGUCAACACCAUGCGUGGCCGCCUCGACAUCGCCAACAACACCGUCACCCUGGGCGGCCUGCGAUCCUACAUCUCCACCAUCCGCCGCUGCCGGCGCAUCAUCUUCAUUGCUUGCGGCACGAGCUACCACUCCUGUAUGGCGGUGCGUGGUAUUUUCGAGGAGCUUGCUGAAAUUCCCAUCUCGGUCGAGCUCGCCUCCGAUUUCCUCGACCGCGAGGCUCCCGUCUUCCGCGAUGACACCUGCGUCUUCGUCUCCCAGUCGGGCGAGACGGCUGACUCCCUGAUGGCGCUGAGGUACUGCCUGGAGCGUGGCGCCCUCACCGUUGGUAUCGUCAACGUCGUCGGCUCCUCCAUCUCCCUGCUCACCCACUGUGGCGUGCACGUCAACGCUGGCCCCGAGAUCGGUGUCGCCUCCACCAAGGCCUAUACCUCGCAGUUCAUCGCCAUGGUCAUGUUCGCUCUGUCUCUUAGUGAGGACCGUGCCUCCAAGAAGAAGCGCCGUGAGGAGAUUAUGGCUGGCCUGUCCGAGAUUUCUGGUCAGAUCAAGCAGAUUCUCGACCUCGACAAGCCCAUCAAGGAGCUUUGCCAGAAGGUCUUCCAGAACCAGAAGUCGCUGCUCCUCCUCGGUCGUGGCAGCCAGUUCUCGACUGCUCUCGAGGGUGCCCUCAAGAUCAAGGAGAUUUCAUAUCUCCACUGCGAGGCUGUCAUGUCUGGUGAGCUGAAGCACGGCGUCUUGGCCCUCGUGGACGAGAAUAUGCCAAUCAUCAUGAUCCUCACGCGCGACGAGAUCUUCAAGAAGUCCCUCAACGCCUACCAGCAAGUUAUUGCUCGUGGCGGCAAGCCUAUUGUCAUCUGCAACGCCGGCGAUGAGGAGUUCAAGGCGUCUGAUGCCACCAAGAUCGAGGUGCCCAAGACGGUUGACUGUCUGCAGGGCCUUCUCAACGUCAUCCCUCUCCAGCUUAUUGCUUACUGGCUGGCCGUCCUUGAGGGCCUGAACGUGGACUUCCCUCGCAACCUGGCCAAGUCUGUGACUGUCGAGUAAAAGGGGGAUUUGGCGGAAGCGAAAAGUUCGUGCGUGUCUCGCUGGCGCGCCACCACGACUUAUGGCGUGAUUGUUGGGCAGCUGGCGAAGCCUUGUGAUUUGCGUUUGGGAGGCUGGCGCUUGCCCGCCGAGUUGACGGCCGGGGGGGUUGAACAGGAGUUGGCUUUAUCUUGAAAAACGGGCGAACUCUUGGCAAGGAACACUGGGUAUACAGCAAUUUGGUAAUAUCGGGCCAUGGCAGGUUUGGGACUCGCUUCGUGUGGUCCUUGCCGCGGUAGAAGGGACGGGCAAGGAGGAUCGUCAUAGUAUGCAGUCAGCUCCGCGUGGCUGGCGUUGAUACAGACAAGUAGCAAUUGUGAUUAGCGUCUAUGCCUGUGCAGCAGCAUGGUGUUAUAGCAGCACACAAAUGACACGAAUGCUCGUUAUUUCAA